AUGUCCGCCUGGCUUUGGACCAGCACAACCGGCGGCCUGGAAAAAAACCUCUCCAAAUCAGACACGGCCUACCGACCAGGCCAAUCAUUAAGACCCCAUGAAGUUCUCAUCAGAGUCUUCGCCACGUCCCUCAAUCCAGCAGACUACAAAGUCCCCGAGGGAUUGGGUCUACUAUAUAAAUGCGUAGUCUCAACGCCGGCAUCGCCGGGUAUGGAUUUCAGUGGACGAGUGAUUGCCACUGGUUCCAAGGUUACGAAUGUUAAACUAGGGCAGGUCGUUUUUGGAUGUUUGCCUUUACCGCGACAGCAUGGUGCGUUGGCGGAGUAUACUGUUGCUGAUGGGCGAUUGGUUGUUCCUGUUCCUGAGGGGGUGGAUGUGAUUGAUGCCGCGACGGUGGGUAUAGCGGGUCAGACUGCCAUACAAGUUAUCAAGGACCGAGUCCAAGCCGGCGAUCACGUAUUCAUUAACGGCGGUUCUGGUGGUGUCGGUACCUAUGCAAUCCAAAUCGCAAAAGCGUUGGGUUGUCAUGUUACAGCCACAUGUUCCACGCGCAACGCUUCGCUUUUAAAAGACAUUGGUGCCGAUGAAGUCCUCGACUAUACUUCAGUCGAUGUGGUCGACUACCUCCGCAAACGAGGACCCUUAUUCAGUCUAGCCCUAGACAUGAUCGGAAAACCCGACAAUCUCUACCGUGAAAGCCACAAUUUCCUACUUCCCGGCAAAAUCUUCGCACAGGUUGGGAAUGAGUCUCAUUUUUCCACUGUAGGGCGCUUCGUCACUCCGCGGGUGCUAGGUGGCGGACAGCGACCGUAUCAAUUAGUUUUCUUCAAGAAUCGGUUUGAAGAUCUGAAACAGAUUGCGGAUUGGAUGCGUGAGGGUAGAGUGAAGCCGGUUAUUGAUAGUGUGUUUGAAUUUGAUGAUGCUGUCAAAGCAUUUGAGAAGUUGAGGUCGAAUAGGGCUAGGGGAAAGGUUGUUGUUAGGGUUGCAUCUGACGAGAGUCUCGAAGUUCAUGGAUACAUCCCUGACAGCUUGUGGCACUCACAUGAGUAA